UCUCUGUGUGUCUCUCUCUGUUUCAGGACUCUUCCUGUGUCCUGCUGACGCAGCUGUAUUCUCAAUGGGAACAAACGUGCAGUGGAACAAUGGCGGUGAAUGAAGAACCGUGUUUCCAGAACUCCGUCCUCCCAUAAAUCCCCGCGCUGCGCGGCUCUGAGCGGUUUGACACCGGGAGCUUCAUGAUGCCUCUGCCCCGACGCCGCUCAUCUUUCCUCGGUCAGUCAUCCUCCGAGCGCCCGGUCUCCGGCUCCGGGGGACGGGUGGGCUCCGGUACAGCCGCCGCACGUGGAGUCUUCGUGGGCAUCGGGCCGCCGGUGGGCGGCGGAGCCUCGGGCCUGGGGACCCGGGUUUCUCGACGGGCUCUGGGCAUCAGCAGCGUGUUCCUGCAGGGGAUGAGGAGCAGCGCCGCCCCGGUCCUGCCCCGGGCCGGUGACCGGGCUGCGGGUCACGGUGCGGCGGGCGGACUGAACAGCUGCCUGAUGGAGUACCGAGACAAAGUGAGAGCUCUGGAGACGCUGAACCAGCAGCUGGAGGAACAGAUCCGACUCUGUCUGGACCGUAAGGCGAACAGCGCCGGAGCCUGGGGGCCGCUCAGGAGGGAGUGGGAGGAGGUCUACCGACAGGUCAGUGAAGCGAUUCUGGACAACGCUCGGCUGAUGCUGCAGACGGAGAAUGUUCAGGCCAACGCCGAGGACUUCAAGGACAGGUUCGAGAAUGAGCAGCCAUUCAGGACAGCAGUGGAGGAGGAGAUCAGUUCUCUGUACAAAGUCAUCGACGAUGCCAACCUGACGAAGGCUGAGCUGGAGGAGCAGAUGGAGAAGAUGAGAGCUGAGCUGUGUAACCUGGAGCGUGACCACGAGCAGGACGUUCGAGUCCUGUACAGUCAGAUGGCGGGACGUGAGGUAGAUGAACCAGACGCUCCCAUCGAGACAAGUCUUGACCAGAUCCUGAGUCACAUCAGGAGCCACUGGGAGAAAGUGACAGAGAGGAACCGAGCGGAGACGGACAGCUACCAGCUGGACUGUAAGGAGGCGCAGUGUGUGAGUAGCAGACUGAGUCCGGAGGAGGAGCAGGUGGAAGCGCUGAAGGCCGAGUGUAACGACACAGGCUGUAAGAUCCAGAGUCUGCAGGCUGAGACCGAGUCCAUCAGAGCACUGAAACGAGGUCUGGAGAACUCGCUGAGCGACGCUCGUCACUGGCACGACAUGGAACUUCAGAACCUGGKCUCGGUGGUUGCCAAGCUGGAGGCAGAGCUCACCGACGUGAACGGAGAGAUCGAGCAGCAGCGCCGCGACUACGACACAUUGCUCAGCAACAAGCAGCGUCUGGAGCAGGAGAUCGGGAUGUACCACGGCGUCCUUGAUGGAGAGGAGAGCCGCUUCCUGCCCGCUAAUACACCGUGUUUAGGUCGAGUCUCUGAGCCUGAGGGAGCCGCUGCAGAAUCCAGGACUGAAUCAGGUCCUCCAGGUUCAUCACAGUGAUCUCUGAGGACGUGAGGAGACUGAAGCAUGAAGAGACUCUGAUCCAGGAGGACAUCAGUGAUGUUAUAACUGACACUGUCCCCAACACCUGAGGGCUUCACCUGUCCCCACACCUGAGGGCUUCACCUGUCCCCAACACCUGUCCACAG